AAGAAGCAGGAGCAGGCCUAGAGAAAAUCACACCACAUCUUCCUCUUUAAUCCCGUUUUCUGUUCCAUUUGAUUUUGUUCGUCUCUCUCAGAGAUUCGUCAUUUUGCAAAAAUCGAGACCAAAGAAGCAAACAAACACCUGCAGGCCCGUGACACUCCUGGAGGUUCUUUACGCAUGAAAAACCCACCUGAGGGGAAAAAAGUCUCUUUCUUGUUGUCGUUCCGCUUCGUGUGAUUGACUGGUGACCCUUGGAAAGUCUGUAUCCUGCUCGGCGUCGAUCACACGCAGCUGUCCAUCAAGCCGGGCUUCAUCUGGGCCCUCACACGGACACAACAUGACUAUCCUCUUAGUUUGCACGCUUGUUUCGUUUUUACAUCUCGUGUCUGCAACUGUUCCUCCGUCGGAUCACGAGGACUCACCGUGGCUCCUGGGAUGCGUCACCGGCAGCGCCAGGCUUCAUGGACCCGGAGGUGCACGUGACCCUGACCCGGUAACCUGCUGUGUUCGCUGCCUGGAUGAGGGGUUCCAGGCUGAAGGUUUUACCUCAGGUGGUUGUCACUGUGGAAACUGUGGAGAUGAUUUGUUGGCCGGUGAGAGUUUGAACACAUCUCACAGCAGAGACACAGAGGGUGUGAGAGGAGAGAAUAAAAGACAAAGUGUCCUCUCCUUGCCUGUUGGAGAUGGAGGUGGAAGUGUAGCUCUCAACAGAACUGACAGACCAUUCCUGUGCAGGAUUUGUGUCAGCAUCUCUCCUCACAGAGUGCAGGCUGGGAAAUCUUUCACAGUGAAAGUGUCUGGAAGGCUAGCAGGACGCCUUAACCAACCCACAGGGACUCUGCAAGAGGGAGGGCAGGAGCUUUCUUUUGUCAGUGUUGAGUUUGAGGAACCGACCCCCAAAGGUCAAAGUUCACAGCAUGUCAGCGUGUUUGAUGACGGCUCCUUUGGUUGCUCCUCUGAUUGGAUUUUUGACACUCCAGGAAAAUAUAAACUCAACAUCACCGUCUCCAACCCUCUCUCCACUCUCUCCUCCUCCCUCCACCUCUCCGUCCUUCAGCCCUCUUCUCACAGCUUAGUGAUCUUGGUGCUUCACGGGCCCCUCGGUGUCCCCUCCUGCAGUCCCUCCCUGCAGACGGAGCUGAACAAAGGGAGCAUGGAGGCAGUGUACCUGGGCGACCCUGUCACGCUGCAGGCUCACCUGGCUGAUGGUCCAGCAGCAGAGUUCAGCUGGAGGUUUACAGGAAGAGAGAGAAACAUGGAGGACAGGAAGAAACCCUCUCUCUCUUACUCAGACUGUGUGAACAGCUCUGUGAGCUGGACCUUUGAGACAGAGGGAGUUCACGUGGUGUCAGUGAACGCAUCUGAUGCCUUUGGAUGGACGCAGGAGACGAAAUGCAUCCUGGUUGUGCGUCCUGCUGUCUCUGACCUCAGAGUGAGUGUAUCAGAGAGUCAGCUGACUCCCAGAGAGGCCGUCUCUGUGGAUGUGUCGUCUCAGAUUAAAAGCACGACGGUGUACGUCGAGGGGAACAGCAUGUCGUCACCACAAGGCUCAGUUAAUCAAACAUGGCAGCCACCUACCAGUCAGAGUCCUGCUCACAGCCCGGCUCGUAACGUGCAGAUUUAUGCGGCAAAGCAAGCUUAUCCAACAAACACAGAUAUAACCCUCUCGGCUGUGGCUGAAGUUCCAGACCCUGUGGAGCUCCUCUGGCACUUUGGAGACUCAACAUCCAUCAGAAGCACCUCAAGAAGCAUCACUAAGAGAUACCUAAAGCCUGGCAGGUAUGAUGUCGUCGUAGUCAUGUCUAGCAGCAGCUCCACCCUUACCUCUGAUGUGUUCCCGCUGGUCGUCCAGAGAGUGGUGAAACUCAACAGGCUGCUCCACCAGGCCUCCGUCCUGCAGAACCAAACACUGACGGUGAGCUGUCGGGUCAACGAGGGGAGUGAUGUCACCUUCCUGUGGAGCUUUGGAGACGGGUCGUCCAGGGUGGGAGGGAGCGCAGAGCAGCACGUCUACCACAGGACAGGAGAGUUCACGGUGAACGUCAUCGUGUCUAACCUGGUCAGCUCAGCGUCUCUGAGCAGUCUCAUCUUUGUUGUGGACCGGCCUUGUCAGCCUCCACCUGUCAAAAACAUGGGGCCUCUCAAAGUACAGGUUCACAGAUACGAGGUGAUCCGUCUGGGGGUGACCUAUGACGCUGAAGUGGACUGUGACAUUUCAUCAGGCCUUCACUACGCCUGGACCUUGUUUGACUCUGCAGGACGUGUUUUUGCAUUGCCUCUCAUACCCACACACAGACAGAGCCUCGUUCUGCCCGGACACCUCCUGCACUACGACACCUACACGGCUGUAGCUAAGGUUCAGGUGGUUGGCAGUGUGGUGUACAGUAACUACAGCGUGAGUGUGCAGGUGAUACCGAGUCCUCCUGUAGCCGUCAUCCAGGAUGGCACUAACAUCUUUAUAAACAACAGAAACAGCCCUGUGGUGACGCUGGACGGGCGGAGAUCCUCUGACCCUGACUUCCCCAGAAACCCUCUGAGCUUCAGCUGGAUGUGUAAACCCGUCAGCUCCAUCCCAAGCUCCUGUUUCCACAAAGAUGUCCCCUCAUCAUCACCUGUGCUCACAUUUCCUGCGAGUUACCUGAAACAUAACUUUGACCAGUUUCAGUUCACGCUCACCGUCCACAGCGGAGAGCGAACAGCUUCAUCCGAGACCUUUGUAACAUUAACACCAAACGUGAACGGGAAGGUUUCAGUGCACUGCUCCCGAUGCCAUGGAGAGCAGCUGAACUGGGAUGAGUCUUUCUCUGUCAGCUCCACGUGUGAAGGCUGUGCCUCAGAAAACGUGCAGUACAGCUGGAGUCUGUAUUUGGUGAAUGCAUCCUCCAAGCCUGUCACUGACGUCCCAUUUUGUUACACCGUGGAUCUCGGUGCUCCGUCAAACAUCUUUGAGGGUUCUGCAGCUCCUCCUCAGACUCCUGGGGCUUCCACCCUGCAUCCACCUGCUACAGACGCUUCACACGACAUCAAUGCUGUCAGUGCAUCUGAAAUGAGAGCCAGGAAGCCAAAUCUGAUCCAGACGGACAGUUUAUCUAAGAGGCUGAAGUCAGGAGAGGAGCCUUUUUAUCACCCACAGGGGGAGUUUGACCCUCUGGAGCUUUUGUACUCCUCCUCUGAAUACCAGUCUCUUCCCCCUGACAACAGCAGCGUCCAGUACUCAGCCCUCUCUGACCACAGUGACCUUAUCAGUGAGUUUGAGUCUGACUCCUCUGCUGACUGGGAUCUUUCUCCUCCGGUUCUGGAGAGCGGCUCCUCGGGGGAUCAACAGGAUUAUGACGCUGUCUGGAUGAUCCCAGAGGAAGGAGGCCCGGGGAUGUCAGCAGGGCGGCCUACAGGUGUUGAUGGUGAGACCGUCAGUCCUGGAGAUUAUUCAGCCUUCGAUCCAGCAUUUUACAAAGACAAGGGAAGUAAUCUGGUAGACGACAGGCACGUGGUUACGGCCCAGGAUUUGAUUUUGCUAGAUCUACCUCGAGACCUAGUGGAUAGGAGGGAUUUUGAGUCCUACACAUAUGCAGGAAUUUCCUCUCCUUCACUCAGCUUCAGACCGUUCAGCCUGAAACCUGGCAGCAGAUACAUGCUGGAGGUCACCGCCAGAUCUCAUGAAAGGUUUCUGGGCCGGGCUCAGCUGUUCUUAAAAACCAACCCUGCUCCCAAAGACGUGACGUGCCAGAUUCAGCCAAUCACAGGAACAGAGUUAUACACACACUUCAGCAUCUUCUGCACCUCGGGGAAAAAGGACUUGGUGUACGAGUACAGCUUCAGUGUAGGAGACAGACCUCCCAGGAUGCUGUAUCAGGGGAGAGACUUCCAGUACUACUUCAGCCUUCCUUCUGGUGACCCUGAUGAUGACUAUAAAGUAACUCUUUACACAGUGAUCAGGAGCAGCACACACGAGACGGCAACUAAACCCUGUCCUGUGACUGUCCGAGUUCAGCCAAGUUUCCUCAGAGACAACUCUUCUUCUUCACAUCUUCAUCCUGAUCAGGAGCUUUCAGAGUCAGGUCUGAGGAACUUAUCAGGGCUGCUGCAGCUCGGUAACAGAGAUGAGAUUCGUAACUACGUCAGUCUCCUCUCCGACAUCCUGAACCGACUCAGCGGGGACACUGAGGCAAACACACACGCACAGAGACACACACGCAAUGUGCUCAUCUGCACACUGUGUGAGCUUGAGAGCAGUGAGCAGACAUCAAUGUUAGACAACAUCUGCAUCCUCAAAAGCCUUUUACGAGUAACCCGUCAGGUGACAUUAGCGGGUGCAAGGCGAGUGACAUCUCACGUUCAGGUGAUCUCAACCCGGUUACUGCAGUCCAGAGCUCCAGGCUGGUACCACCUGGAUCAGAAGACACUGGACACCCUGGUGGCUCUGCUCUCACACAGCCUGCAAGCUGCAGCACAGAGUGAGGACUUCACAUCAGAGAAGUCCAACAGUGGUGACAUUAAACUACCUUUAGAGUCAGACACACGUCAUCAUGACGUUAAAAAUCCUCCCUCUAAUCGCUGCAUGCAAGACUCGUCCAGGGGGGUUCACAGAGACAACCCUGGAUCCACGUCAGUGAAGCAGCUUGUAGCUCAUAUUCUGCAGACUGCUGCUGACCUGAUGCUGACAUACAUCUUGUUUCACGAAGCCUCAGAGCACAGAGUGAGCACUGGUUUUAUCCUCCUACACGCUAGCUACCUAAACCAGAACUCCACAGUCAUCAUCAGCGGUUCAAGCACCUUCUACCUGCCCUCCUCCGUGAUCCAGCUUCUGUUUGAUCGGCGCAGAAGAGAGACAGAGAGACCGUGUGUGCUCAGUGUGCUGACCGAGCUCACACACAGCCCUUACAUCCGCGCUCAUCAACCUGGAAAGCUGAGUGGACCGGUGGUGGAUCUGAGUGUGUACAGCUGCAGCACGAAGAGGAAGAUUCCUGUUCGCUCCUUCAGUCAGCCAAUAAACAUCCAGCUGCAGCCGCCACACACCAACAAGAGCUAUGCGACCGAGCACAUCCUCCUGCGCAACCAGAUCAACUACCACAGCUUCAACAUCACCCAGCAGCACCUGCAGCAGGCUGUCCAGCUGAGUGUGGCGUUCAAACCGUCACUCCACGAGGCGUUUCCCAUCAUGCUGCUCUUCAGGAUGUCUGAGAGGCCGACUCCCAGCAUGCAUCACCUGAGAAAGAUUCACCAAUGGGGGAGCCACACUGCACGUGUCACUCUGCCUCCGUCCUUCCUCAGUGCUGCAGGGGUUGGACACCUGGCACUGCUGAAUGCAGAUUUUGUGAAAGCAGCCAGACACAAACACCUGAGUGAGCAGGUCAGCUACAGCCUCACUGUGGACACCCAUCUGUGUUUGUCCUGGGACGAUCACCAGGGGGCCUGGACGCAGCACGGCUGCAGAACGCAACAAACAGACAUGAGCACUGUAGUCAACUGCAGUUGUCAGCAGUUGAGGCCGCUGACUGUGAUGCAGCAGCAGAUCCAGAGCAGCCGCGACACAUCCAGUCUGGACCCAUUCCUGAGUGUGCCAGCUGAUCUGAGACUCCUGUGUGUGCUCAUGCUGUGUGUGUUCCUGUACAUCCCGGGGUUUGUGGUUUGCAGACGAGCUGAUGCUGCAUCCGAAGCAAACUACAGAGUCCACUACCUGCCUGACAACUCACCUCAUGACCCGUAUCUGUACGCUCUGACGGUCCACACUGGUCUCUGCUCUGCAGCCCGUAUGAGUGCAAAGGUUUACAUAGUGCUGAAAGGUGAGGAGGGAUCUUCACAGACAAAAGAACUACAAGUCCCAGGAUACACCCUGUUUAGACAGAACUCUCAAGACACCUUCAUACUAAGUGCAGCGGACAACCUCGGCGCACUGUGUGGCAUUCACAUCUGGCACGACAACACUGGACCCUCCCCGUCCUGGUACCUCAAACAUGUGGAGGUAUCUGAGGUGAACAGAGGGAGCGUUGAAGGUCGAGCUUGGCUCUUUGUCAGUCUGUGCUGGCUGGCUGUGAAUGAAGGAGAUGGCCGGGUGGAGAGGAUGCUGCGAGUUUGCAGCGAGGGAAUCGGCUUUGCUGAGAUGUUGAGUCUGAAGCUAUCUGAGUACCUAACCGAUCACCACAUGUGGAUAUCUGUGCUCAGCUGCCCCUGCCCCAGCUCUUUCACACGCACUCAGAGGCUAAGCAUUAGCCUGCUGCUCCUGAUGGGCUAUGCAUGUGUCAACACGGUAAUCAUAUCACAAAUGGAUGAACAGCUCCUGUUUGAAGUGGGCUUCAUCAAUGCAUCAGCUGUUUCCAUCACAACAGGAAUAUUAAGUGUGGUGGCUGCGUUGCCUGCAGCAGCAUUUAUAUCCUUCCUGUUCAGACUGCGGGAGGUCAAACUGUCCGGAUCAGAGGUCCAACACACAAAAUACAGAGAAGCUGAGAAGGACUUUGUAGAAGACACUCUCUCAGUGACUGACAGUGUAUCUGAGUCACAUCUCUUCUGGAGCAGUCUUCAUCAGUGGGCACAGGAAACCUGGAGGAACAAACACCAGGGCACAGAUGAGCGGUCAGUGUCCUCUACAUGUGUUGAAAAUAAAGCAUCAGAUAAAGAACCUGAAGGCCAAACAGAGGCAGCCUUAAGGAAAGAACAUGCUCUGAUAGCUGAAAUAAAACUGGGACCAGAGUUUCAGAAUGUGUCACUGAUUGCUGAGGGGAGCUUUGGUGUUCACUCACCUCAGGGGAACAAGUCACAUAGAAGAGCAAGCAGCAGGUUUCAAGGAUCCCAAAAAGCUCUUUUGUUGGGUGCGAUGGACGGAGGUCAGACUCAUCAAGGGAAACAGGAGGAGGGCAGGCAAUGUGAGGCAGCCUGGUUCAAUCACAGCAGACAUGACGAUGUCGACGCCGGGCCCAAAAAGAGAAGAGUCCGACCUGCGUCUCAGUGGAGUCCCUGUGCGGCCUGGACCCUGUGUGUGCUACUGACGCUCUUCUGCCUGGUGCUGUCUGCAGAGCUGGGACUGAGGUUCAGCAGUGGAAAGUUUCUGCUGUGGAUACACUCCCUCUUCUUCUCCCUGAUAUUGUGCAUCUUUUUCAUCCAGCCAGCUGUGGUCGUCACAGCAGCAGUGACUGUCUCGUUGUGGUUCAGAGACAGAGCAGACUUUCAUCAUUCCCUCAGAAUAAGAACAUUUGAGACAGGGGUUACAAACCGGUGGAUCCAGGAUGAUGCAAAUCAGCAUCAGAUUUGGAAAGCUGCCUUCCCUCAGCCGGAGAGAUGCUCAAAACUCGAUAAGCUGCUUGGAGCUCGCCGGCGAGCUCGCUACCUGCUUCACGUACGUCCGCCCACCCAAGCAGAACUAAGGAAAACCUGCAGGACGAAAAGAAAACAGACUCUUCUCUGCAAAACCUUCAGGGAUCUGUGUGUCGGUGUCUCCAUGCUUUUUCUGAUGCUGUGCAUAACCUACAACAGCUCACCCUGUGAUCAUAACCAUCUUAAAGCUGUCAGAAAACACUUUCUAAGGAGCCAGGGCGAUGCAUUUAUGUCCAUACGAAAGCAUGAUGACUGGUGGAAGUGGGCGCAGACCAGUCUCCUUCCUUUAAUGUACAAGAAUGCAUCAACAACAACCAAGAACUCCAUCAAGAGAGGCAAGAGAAGAACGGAUGAGGUCAAAGCUUCCAUGUUUCAGUCUAUAAUGUUCAACAGCUCUGCUCUCUUUUCACAAUUAAAGGGAGAUACUUCCACUUCCAUAGCACCUCUGUCUGGGACCUGCAGAACGAGAAAAACAGAACUUACAAGAGGAAAUUUAACUAAAAUAUUUUAUGACAAAUGUGAGACACGCAGUCUCCACGUCAGACGCACGACAUACGUCAUGAUCGCAGAGCCAAUCCUGUGGAAGAUGAAGGACUGCAGCUCAUUUCAGGGCGAUCUCUCUGUGACUCUCAUGCCAGAAUAUCCUGGCUCAGUCUUGUCGGGGCGCAAAACAUCAGCUCACUCACACAACUCUGUCUUGACUCCUACAUCAACGCCUCCAAGGACGUGCGGUCAGCUGGGUCGUGGCGUUGAACAAAGUGCUACCAUCGGCUUAGGCCACAGGAAGUCUGAUGCUGCGUCCAAACUGAAGCUCCUGCAUUCAGCUGAUUGGCUUUGCAGACAGACGACUGCAUUGACAGUCCAGUUCACCGUGUUCAUUCCUGCAGCGAACGUAUUCACCACUGUGACGUUGAUCGCUCAGCGAAGCCCUGCAGGUGUGCUGCUACCCUCUGCCAGAGUCCGGUCUGUGAGGGUGCAUCACACUCCUGCUGUGUGGGACUAUGCUGUCAUGGCGUGCCAGCUCCUCUUCCUUGUCUUGUCUUUGCUGCAACUCUGGGAUCAAGUGUACUGUGUAGGGCAGCAGGGGCUGAUGGGAUACUGGAGGACACCUUGCAACUGGUUAGAAGUCACUCUGCUGAUUGUAACCCUGAUGUAUUUCACGUAUUACAUCCAUCACUCUGUGAUUGUCCAGGAUGUCGUGGAGCUGCUGGAGAGACACAACCAUGGAGGACAUGUUGAUGUCACCCUCCUGGCUGACUGGGAACAAUUUAUCCGCAGUCUGCGUGGAGUUCUGCUCUUCCUCCACACCAUGAAGUGUGUGAGUGUGUUGAGGAUGAUGAGGGCGUUUGCUGCCUCUGCUGCUCUCCUCACUCGCACACUUUCCAGACUCUUCUGGCCAACGAUUUCCGGUCUUGUCCUGAUUGUGGCGCUGUCCUGUGUUGGGAAUCUCCCGCUCACAGAAACCUCCUGGGCCUUCAGGUUACUCUCCUGCUCACCUCAGACUUUGCUCUGUCAUUACUGGGGUCGCAGGGCCUCAAAAAGAGUCCUCCUCACUGGGUGUGACCUCCUUUACCGAGGACUGCUCCACCUGUCCUCCAUCGUGUGGACAGCAGCGGCUGUAGGUGUUGUGUCCUCAUUGGUUAGAAGUGCUAAAGCAUCUCGACCCCGAAGGAACGUCUUCACUGUGACGGAAUUAACCAAUCACAUCAGACAGAGAGUCUCUGAGUUUACUGGGCGUGCACGUAAAAGUGUGUGGCUUGAAACUGAAGAGGAGGGGAGGGCUUACCACCUUGAAGAAUUUGAAAGCUUAGUGGAUGAACUUUUGUUCAAACUCAACGUCCUCUCAAACAGCCUGCACCACACGCUGCCCCUGAAAGCCCAUCGUUACAGAGAGGACAGUCCUGAUGCCUCACUCAUACAGGAGCCACUCAUCACAGACACACGGGAUUUUGUUAGACCGCUGAUAACAGAUGAGACAAAGGCUCACACAGAUGUCGGUGGACAUGUGGAAACCCUGACUCCAUCUCACCUGCUCAGGUCCAAGCUAGAACUGGAGGCACUAUCUCUCCUGGAUCAGAGAAGCAAAAGGGCAGACUGUUCCUCUGACACUGUUGUGCCUGCAACAAAAGCUGAAGAAAACUGCAGGUCGCCUCAUGAGUCUGCGCCACACAUCAGAGUUUAUACUGAAGAGAAACUGAAACAGAUUGAGCAGAGGACUGCCAGAGAUGACAGCUGUUUGUUAAGAAACGCUCAGGCUACACAUACAGAGGUGGUGGUGGAAGUUCUGGUCCAUGAGGAGCCUGGAAGUUUACCGACAGAUUAGAGUUCAGCUAAAAUAAUACUGUUUACUAUGUCUUUAUAUUGAAAAUAUCACCUCAAUCAAAUAAACUGUUUAUAUUGGUCUCCAAGGAAUAUUCUGUUCUGAAACAACAUGGUUUGAAUAACUUUUAACUACUGCUGGUUGUUCAUUACUCUGUAUGAGUCAUUUAUAACUCUCUAUGGGAGAUGAGCUGACAGACACCUGAAUAACUUGUUUUAUGUGAUUUUUAUCAUUUUAUCUGCCAGACACCUGAA